AAAAAAUAAUGCUUACCAAGCAGUUUUACAACUAUAGAUAGUAUAAAUAUCACGAUGUAGAAAAUAACUUUGAUCACAAUCAUUAAAAAUGUUAAAGUUAACUGUACUAUUUGCACUAUUCGGUUGUGGGUUAUUAGCAACAGUGCUUCCAUCAUACCUUGAACCAUGCCAAAUUUCCGAUAAAAAAUGUUUGACUGACCAUGCACAAAGUGUCCUUAAAUCAAUCUUAAAUGGGGAUCCGCAAUUUAAAAUCCCAACACUUAAUCCUUUGCUCUUGCCAAAAGUUGACUUAAGUAGUAAUGGAGGAUUACACAUUGUUUUUAGUAACCUACAAGUAAAAGGAAUACCUGAUAUUAAAAUUACAUCAGUUGAAUUUAACCCAGUCAAGAAAUCUGGCAAAGUGGUUUUCUUUUAUCCCCGCACGGAACUUUAUGGUGACUACAUGGCUUAUGGUAAAAUUUUGGUUCUUACAAUUAACGCAUCAGAUAUAGCUUCAGUUGUUGUUGAGGAAGGUUUAUAUACUUGGACAUUUAACUACGAUUUAUAUGAUAAAAAUGGUGCUCAAUAUGCCAAAAUCAAAGACCAUUGCACUCAAUUUAAACUAAAGAAAGCCAAAUUUGAUUUGAAAAAUGUAGUUAAUGGAAACGCGGAAUUAAGUGCAGCUACAAAUAAAAUUCUAAACGAUGAAUGGGAAACUGUAAUAAAAGAUUUGGCGGAUGGUAUUGGGGAGGCCAUCGGAUCCGUCUUGAACCUGAUUUUGCAAGCUUUUAUGGACAAAUUACUUUUUAGCGAGUUAGUCAAGUUAUAGUUUUACCUUUUAUAAACCUAUUGUUUUCAAUAAAUAAUUAUUA